AUGAUCUUCACCAACGUCUUCAUCACCAGCAUCAUUGCUGCCACCGCUGCGGCUCUCCCUCAUAUUAACGCUGUUCGCCGGGAUGCCACCGCCACUACUACUAGCACCAGUGCUAGCUCCACCUCUACUUCUGGCGGUAGUCUGGAGAUCGUGAACAACAUGGACUCCACUGUUUACAUGUGGGACACCUCCGCCGAGUCUGGCUCCAUGCAGACUAUCGAUUCUAAUGGUGGUACCCACACCGAGUCCUCUUGGGAGACCAACCCCGAUGGUGGCGGUAUCUCCAUCAAGUUCUCCACCUCCGAGAACGAGGACAGUGUCCUUCAAUUCGAGUACACUAUGGAAGGUGACACCCUUUACUGGGAUCUCUCCUCUAUCAACCUCGACUCUGAUUCGGAUUUCAUUACUUCUGGUUUCUCUGUUACCAUCAACGAUGAUAGCUGUACCUCUGCUUCUUGCUCUGCUGGUGACACCAAUUGCUUGGAAUCUUACCAGCAGCCUGAUGAUGUUGAUACCAACUCUUGCUCUACUAGCGCCAAGUACACCUUGACUUUGGGCUCUAGCUAG